AUGGCGGGACUCGUUCGUGGUUAUCGAAACAGUCUGCUCACCUCCCAACACUACGGAAACCUGACGCAAUGUGAUACUAUCGAUGAUGUCAAGAUCCAACUCGGCCCGGCCUAUGGUGACUUUCUAGCCGCUCUCCCCCCAAAUCCCUCCACCUCCGCCCUCGCUGGAAAAACCACAGAGAAACUCGUGGCGGAAUUCCGCUACAUCCAGGCCCAAGCUACUGGCUCCAUUGCAAGGUUCAUGGAAUACCUGACCUACGGCUACAUGAUCGAUAACAUCGCCUUACUCAUCACGGGAACCCUACACGAACGUGAUACACGAGAACUGCUCGAGCGAUGCCACCCGCUCGGCUGGUUCGAAACCAUGCCCGUCCUCUGUGUUGCCACAAACAUCGAAGAACUCUACAACUCCGUCCUCGUCGAAACGCCGCUCGCGCCUUACUUCAAAGGCAGCAUCAGCCACCAGGACCUGGACGAAUUGAAUAUCGAAAUUGUCCGCAACAUGCUGUACAAGAACUAUCUAGAGGACUUUUACAGAUUUGUCAACUCCGAGCCGGGUCUAAAAGGGUCCCCGACUUCUGAGGUCAUGUCGGAGGCUCUCGAGUUCGAAGCGGACCGUCGCGCCAUUAAUAUCACUCUGAACUCCUUCGGGACGGAACUUUCCAAGGCGGAGAGGAAGAAACUCUACCCAGAAUUCGGCAAACUAUAUCCUGAAGGCACACUAAUGCUGUCACGGGCUGAUGAUGUCGAAGGGGUUGCACUAGCUGUCAGUGGGGUUGGAGAUUACAAGGCCUUCUUUGACGCCGUGGGGCUUAGCCAGGGCGGAGCUGGAGGGGCCGGAGGGGCCGGUGGCAUUGGCGGUGCGGGGUUGGGAAAUAUGGCUGGUGGAGGUAGCAGUGACGGGAGGAGUUUGGAGGAUAUGUUCUAUCAGAAGGAGAUGGAAAUUUCGAAGCUUACUUUUACCCGGCAAUUUACGCCGGCUAUCAUAUAUGCAUGGGUUAAACUGAGGGAGCAGGAAAUUCGAAAUAUCACCUGGAUUGCAGAGUGCAUUGCUCAAAAUCAAAAGGAGCGGAUAGGGAAUUAUAUUAGCGUUUUUUGA